GCCAAGUACUUUAUUUACUCUAUGUAGAGGGCUAAACUUUGUCGUCUUCAUGUUAUUCUAUGAACGAUUCUAGCUGUUGGUUAAAUUAAAGUUUUUCGUGACAUUCAUAAAAGAAAUUUAGUUUUGUAUAUUGUCAGCAACUGUAUUUGGCAAAUACUGUUUUUUGUAUUCGAGCUUUGGUUGGAAAGCGUACAAGGAGCUGCAGCGCCAUGCCGGAGGACGACGCCAAGCGGAUCGUGUUCUUCUCGGAUGAGCAGCUGGACAGGUUGGCGGCGCACAUGCUCGGGGGCCUGCACCACUACCGGGAGAACAUCGUGGUCCCUCGCGGCGCCGGGCCCGUCCACAUCAAGACCAAGGAGGAGAAGAUGGUGGAGGCGGUCUUCGAGAGCUGCGCCUUCAAGUCGGCCAUGAGCUGCGUCAUCGGCUACGGCCUGGGCGCCGUCAUCGGCCUGUUCUCGGCCAGCGUGGGCCCCACCGUGCCGCUGCCGGGCGACAAGAUACAGUCCGCGCGCGAGGUGCUGCGCGAGAUGAAGGGCACGAUGCUGAGCUACGGCAAGAACUUUGCGCUGAUCGGCGCAGUGUUCUCGGCGGUGGAGUGCGCCAUCGAGUCGCACCGCGGCAAGUCGGACUGGAAGAACGGCACGUACGCGGGCGCGGUGACGGGCGGGGUGAUCGGCCUCCGGGCCGGCGUCAAGGCGGGCGUGUUCGGGGCCGCCGGCUUCGCGGCGUUCUCCACCCUCAUCGACUACUUCAUGCACAGGUAGUGGCACCUGGGAGCCUCGGAGUCCUGGCCACACGGACUCGUAGCUUCAGAGUCGACGGUACGCGUGGUCGAGCAGAGCCUGACGCUUGGCCGCAGCGACUCACGCAGUCUCCCGACCCCAUCUCGACGUGGAAGACAUUACAUUGGUGGAGACAAGAGUUUAUGGUUUUGUUUUUAGUUCAGUUCCAAUUUUUAAACCAAGAUAUUUUAUUUCUAUUAUUUUUAUUUGUAUAAUUUAUGUUUCGUGAUGCUUAUUCUGUGAAAGGAGUAUAGUUUAAAACUGCUGCAAAAUUACAAUAACAUAAUUUGCAGUAAGUUUUUUCCAAAACAAAUUCAAUUGUAAAAAUAAUUUGUUGAAUAUUUGUAGUUUCAAAACUAUUCAAUAAGAGAUGUGUGAAUAAACAAA